UAGGUGUGUUCCUCUGUACUCACCUGAAAAAGUUAAACAGAUGAAAUCCCCUCAGGGAAGGCAGGAAAACCUCGGCUUGAUUGCAGCAGCAGAUAUUACCAGACCCAGAUUUACAGAAAAGAUUGACCCAAGAUCAAGCAUGUGACAUCUGUCAGGCCUGGCUGGGAAACCCUUGCUUGGGGGCAAGGGGUAUCCUCUGAAGUCCUCAUAGAACCUGUGAGAGCCUGUGCAUUGGCCUGCUGUACAUUACUGGAUUAGAGCAAAUGGGAUACAGAGGAAUAGAGAAUGAGAUUCAUUGCUAUCGAAGACUGCUAAAAAAGGAUUUAAUGCUAAUGGAGCCUACAAAAAUCAAAAGGCGACACUCUUUCCCACCACCAACAAAUGUAUUCCAUGAAGCUUCAGGCACUCCAGCAUCCCGAAGGCACAAUAGUGGCCUACAUCUUAUCACCAUGAGUAAACUUUCUGAAGAGCAGGUGGCAGAAAAGAAGGAAGUGGCCUACUUUUCUGAAGAUCUACCUCUUUUCUUUGUCGUGGAAGAACAGAUACGGGGCACAUUCUCCAACUCUUUUGAAAAAGAGACCCCUGUAGCACUGGAAAGAAGGCAGAAGGAUCCAUCAGAGUGGGCAGGAUCUUUAGAGGAAGAAAGAGAUCGCAUUAUACAAGAAGUCAGUUUGAAUGAUAGCAAGGAUUCCUUCUUGAAUUGCCACCAGGGAGAACUUACAGAUGCAUCUUCCUCUGGCACUUUUCCAGCUUCCCUUUCCAAUACCCUGGCACAAACCCCAAAUACUCCUAGUAAUGUUGCAGUAAGACAAGUGGAGGCCCAUGCCUUUGGUGGAUUUCCCCCAUCCUAUAACCUCCAUGAUACAGUAUCGCAGAAGCUUUGUGUGGAAUCAGAAAGCUUUCCUGUUUCAAAGUAUCAUCAAAAUACUGAGCUUUUUGGAGUUAGAUCAGAUGAAGAUCAUUCAUUAGAGGCACAAUAUGAAACAGACAAGGAAAUGUCAUCCAAGACAGAAGGUAGUGGAAAAAUAAAGCCCAGACCUUCCAGGAAGAGCGAGGAGGAAAACGUAAAAGAAUUAGUGAUACAGAAAGAAAAGGUGAACUCUUAUCUUCCUUAUCAGCCAGGAGCAGGAUGUUCUGAACAUAGGACAGCAAAUCUAGGAAAACUUGAUGGAUGUUCACCUCUAGAAUCUUGUGAUCAUUCAGGCCUGAGCAAGAAAGAACUGGGGGGCAAAUCAUUUAUGUGCACGACCCUCCAUCUCCAAGAAGAUGAAGAGGAUGAUUCAGAAGGCAGCCAGACUCAUUCACUAAAGGAGAUGAUCCAAACAAAACAUGUAAAAAGCAGUGAACAACUAGAGGAUAAGCAUGAGAAGAUGGAGGAGGAGAGGGAGGGGGAUCUGCAUAGGAAAACAAUGGAGUACAAAAUAAAAGCAAAGUCCACACAAAAACUGAGACACAGUGAUGCUCAGGAAGAGCAAGAGUGGGGCACACAGAUAAGAAAAACACCCAGAAAGGAAGAACAAAAAGAUGGGAUGGCCAGUUCACAAGAUAUGCUGGGUCUAGAUACAGUUUAUAAUCUGAAAAACACUUUGCACCUUCCUGAUUUAAAUGAGAGCAGUGCUUUUCCAGAGACUGAAGGAUUUGCAUUAUCCUUCAAGGUCUUCUCACCAAGUCACUGUCUGGAUUCCAAUGUCGAAACAACAGCUAUGUCUUCUGAUACAAAACCAGUACAAUAUCCAGGGAAUACAAGCCCAAGUACCCAAUCUCAAAUUUGUCAUGAAUUUAGAGAAUUAGAAUCCUCUGGGAGACAUGACCAAGAAGUCUUUGAACAUCCCACUGACGAAAACAGAGUUAGUGGAAAUGUGGAAGGUCAAAAGAGUAAUUGGAUUGUUGAUGGUGAAGGAAUGGCAAUACUGUGUAAAAAUCCAAAUUCUCAAGACCUACAUUAUUCCAAAUCUAGAGAGUGCACUGGUAAUGUUGAACUCCAUAUUUGCACCUCAAUGUCAGGAAUAACAAGAACAGUAGGUCCAGCACAGAAAGAUUCUGGCAAAGAACCCAGUGAUGGUAAUUACAUGCUGUGUGAAGAAUCAGAUUCCAUAGAAGAACCAGCAAACAAAAAGCUACCUGUCUCCUGGCAAAUGGAUCUAGUGACUCAAGAAGAAGCUUUAACAUUAGACAGUGAUACAGUUGUCCAGGCUUCCAGCAAAAAUGGCACCUGUGAUAAGAAUUUUGAUAAAUAUUCUCAAAGUUCUAUCUGUGAAAUCCAUCAAAGUGUCUCUCCAGAGGAGGGUCGAUCCACAACUAAAGAUAAUGUAGAUUUGACUACAUUGACUUCAUUGUCACCCCAGAAAGGAGACUUCCCCAUAACUUAUUUGGAGGAACACCAGCAUGUAGAAACCUCAAUGAAUAAGUUUCAGUUUCUGGGGGAGGAAGCAGCCAUAGAUACAUUUUGUAUGAAGCAUGAAGUUUCAAUAAAUGAUUCAUCGUGUUUGCCAGUUCUUGAAGAAGGCAGAACAGAAUUUGACCACAAUACUGACAUUUCUUCAUUUCCCACCACUGAUAUGGCUCAGUUAAAAGAGUCCUCAGUCCCAAUGUCUAUUUCUAACCAGUGCCUGGCUUUGGAACCUGCCUCUAGCCACUUUGACCAGCUUUCAUUAUCUCCACCAUGUUGUAGCACACCUGUUCAGUUGUUAACCUCACCAGACAAUAUAGAUCUCCCUGCCCAGCCAAAAGCUGACAUUCCUCAUAGCAGAUGUCUCCAUCACUCCCUAGAGCAAGUGCCCUCUUGUAACCAAACUUGCGUAUUUCCCACUGCCCUAAAGAAAGAGAAAUCCAGAUCUGACACUGAACUGUCUGAUCAGUGCCCAAACCCUGAAUGUGAUUUCAACCAAUAUAGCCAGUCUCCAGACCCAGUGUCCCAUUCUGAACAGUUUGUCAACAACCAACUACUACCCAUGCCCAUUGUUUUGCAAAAACUCACAGAUCAUUGUAUAUUUUCAGAGCAUACAGGCAACCAGUCCAUCCAACGGGAUGAUUUCAACCCAAUCAAAGAACACACAGAAUAUCUCAUGGAAUAUCCAGCUUUUACUGCUAAUAGACCAUUUCAAACUUCCAACAUGAACAAGCUUCCAAGCCUUGCUGGCAAUCAGUUCUUUCAGCAAUUAGUUGAAAUGCCAGAAUCCAAUGUAUCCUGCAAUUGCACAGAAAGCAAUAGAUGCGAACAUACUACUGUACCAAUUGCCAAUUUUUUCUCUCAGAGUAGAGAUUCUUCUUUUAAAUCUGAAAGCCUUGCCAAAAAUCAGACUUUGGACAAUAGAGUAGAGGAGAAUCCUGUUUUGCAGAUGGCAAAAUUGGCAAGAGGAGCCGCUCUACAAAGCCGAAAGGAUGGGAAUAUACCUGAAACAAGCUGUGAAUGUAAGAUGUUGGACACACACUCAGAUAUAGUCAUUUUAGGAAAUUAUGCAUCAGCAGUUGAUAGCACUGGAGAAACAAUGCCUCAGGUUAUGGAUGUGCUUGAUGGAAAAUCUUCCUUUGACCACACAUUCAAUCCCUCAUUGGACAGGCAGAAAAAGUGUGAAGCUACAGAGUCCAAAACCUCAAGGCAGCCCCCUACACUUCUUGCUUUCACCAACCCAAUCCAUUUCCUUCAGCUUGGACCACCAUCACCACCAGCCAGAUAUCCGAGCAAUCCGCAGGCUGACUUUCAAGAGAUACAGUGGCAGCAGGAACAGGCAGGAUUUGCUAAAACAGCAACAUUUAUGGCAAAAGACACUGGAAGCCCUAGGAAGGGCCUGGAAAAGUCAGUAAUGGAACCCAUCAGUGCAAUAUAUCAGAAGACAGACCGGGUAGCUAAACAUCCUGCUUUAGAGAAAUCUUCUAGUUGUCCAUAUACAAAUGUUGCUUUGCGCAGCCCAAAAGAAUCAGCACUCAGUUCAAAGACACAGGAGGUAUUAGUCAAACAUCGGUCAAAAAGCAAAGAUUGGCAUCGGCAUGGUAUGAGAAAGAUCUCAAUACCAACAGAGAAUGAAUUAGAUAUGAUAGCAUCUUUUGUCCCUUCCAAAGGAGAUGCCCAUGAGCACAAAGACAAAAGGAACCAUUUAGAACAAGUUCAAUGUGGAGAGAAGAAACCAGAAGCAACAGUUGAAAACAUCAAACGGCGACAUUCCAAACUGAUCAAUUCAUCAAAGGUACUCUACCAGGAAUACAGUGAUGUUAUACUAAACAAAGCCAUUCAAAGCCAAAAGAGGGCAGAUUCCUUGAUUGAAGAUGUGGAAUUAGGAUCUGCAAGCUCCCUAAGGUUGCAAAGAAAGGUUCUGCCCCUGCAAGACUCCUAUCCACAACGCCUGUCCGUCUCAUCCACUGCAUCUCUCUGGCAGGACAUUCCCAAAGUUCGAGAGAGUACAAUGCUGCAGAGCAUGACCCGAGAGGAACAGAAGCUGCAGGAGGCCAAGUUUGAACUGAUUGCAUCUGAAGCUUCGUACCUUCGGAGCUUAAAUGUAGCCGUGGAUCACUUUCAACACGCCCCAGAACUCCAGGCUGUGUUGACUAAUCAAGACAGACAGUGGCUUUUCUCCCGCCUUCAGGAUGUGCGUGAUGUUAGUGCCAAUUUCCUGUUUGACCUGGAAGAGAAACUUGAGGAAAACAUGUUCAGCUUCAAUGUGUGUGAUGUGGCACUGAGACAUGCCUCAGAAUUCCGCAGGGUUUAUUUGCCAUAUGUGACAAACCAGGCAUACCAGGAACAAACCUUUAAGAGGCUACUGAAUGGUGUUCCUGCCUUCCAACAAGUCUUAGAAAGACUGGAAAGUGAUCCUGUUUGUCAACGCCUCUCCCUUAAAUCAUUUCUCAUCCUCCCAUUCCAACGUAUUACUCGACUGAAACUCCUUCUCCAGAACAUUCUGAAGAGAACGCAACCUGGUGCAGAAGAAGAAAUUCAGGCCACACAAGCAUAUGAUGCUCUUGAGAAGCUCAUCAAAGAUUGCAAUGAAAAUGUCCAGCGCAUGAAGAGCACUGAAGAGCUAAUCCACUUAAGUCAAAAUAUGGAGUUUGAAUGCAAGAUUUUCCCACUUAUCUCACAGUCACGGCGUCUUGUGAAGUGUGGAGAACUUACAGCACUAGAGUAUAAUUUGAGUGUGAAGUGGAAGCUUACCACUCGAUCCAUCUACCUUCAUCUUUUUAAUGACUAUUUGUUGCUAUCACGGCCCAAAGAAAACGGGCGCUUUAUUGUAUUUGAUUAUGCUGCUUCCUCAGAUGUUCGUGGAGAGAAAUGUGAAAUGAAACUGCAUGGAGCAAACAAAAAUGUUUUCCGCCUCUUCCUCCUGCAGAAUAAUCAAGGGAAAAAAGUAGAGUUUCUCUUCCGUACAGAAAUACAGAGUGAGAAGCUGCGGUGGAUUUCUGCUCUUUCGCCUCAACAGACAGAACGUGACCUUUUGAAUGACUCUGAUACACCUCAAGUUCAGUGUGUGAAAUCUUACAAAGCCCGAGAGAAUGAUGAGUUGGCACUAGAGAAAGCUGAUAUAAUCAUUGUCUUACGGCAUACUACUGAUGGCUGGAUAGAAGGCAUGAAACUCUCAGAUGGAGAGAGAGGUUGGUUUCCUUCUGAUCACGUGGAAUUCAUCUCUUGUAAGCAUGUGCGGCAGAUGAAUCUGAGAGAGGAACAACGUGUUAAGAAUGCCAAACAACAAGUCUUUCACAGAAAGUAGAGUCAUUGCUCCUUUCUCCCUGGUGUAGCCUCCUGACCAAACUGCAGCAUUUGAUUUUCUCUAAUGAAGAUGGCUGCAAAGGCUAACAAACUGGACGUAAAGACAUUAUGCAUAACAAUGGAAAAAUGGCUUUCCGCAUGGUGCUUCACUGGGACUAGAAAGCUAUUGUUGUUAACUGCUGUGAAGCUGACUUCAACUUAUGACACCCCUAUGGAUGAGAAAUCUCCAAGUCACCCUGUCAUGAACAGCCUGCUCUGGUCCUGCUUCUUUGAUAAGAUUAUCUCCAAUUGGAAUGUGCCCUUCCUCUUUCCCUACUGCCUUCUACUUUACCAUUAUUGGUUUUUCUACUGAAUGAUGUCUUGUUAAGAUACAGCCAAAGUACAACAAUCUCUACAUAUACUUUGGUAUGGUGGAUGCAAGGAAGACAAAAGAAAGAUGGAAACUGAGUUUUAGGACUUGGGGAACCUAUUCUUGACUCUUACGAUAUUCAAAGAACUUUGCUUCAGAUUUUGCUCUGCAAUAUGAGUCAAAAUGUUAAUAUCUCAAAGUGCUUUGAAUACAUAUCAGAGAAAAUGUUAGAGAAAAUAUGUUUUAUUAUUGUGGAAAUACUUUUUCCAUUUGAAAUAACUUGUUUUAAUUGACAGGCAUGUUCCACCAAAGAAGAAAUACUUACUGGUAUAUAAAAGUGUCCAAUUUCCCUUAAGAUGUUACCUGCUGGCAACAGAAUUAGCCCCAGCAUUCUAGUAAUGACCUUGCUUAUGUGCCUUUCAAUGUUGCAUCUCUCUGUCACCAGCACAUACACAAGUUAAGGCAUGAAACUUGGCUCACCGCUUAUUCUGAAAUGAAAAUACGUUACCUAUUAUUCCUGCUGUGGUGCAGGGCUAGGGAAAAAGGGAAAUUCAGUGUUGGCUGAGAUCAGACAGGAAAAGACAAUAUACUUACCACAUCCUUCUCUCUCUCCUCCAGAAAUACUCUUAAAAUAUACUGUACCUAAGGUUCUCAGGCCUCAUCUACACUGCCUUAUAUCCCAGGAUCUUAUCCCAGAUUAUCUGCUUUAAACUGGAAUAUGAGUCUCCACUGCCAAAUAAUCUGGGAUAAGAAGAUAAACUGGGUUCAGAUCCUGGGAUACAGGGGCAGUGUAGAAGGGGCCUCCAUUUCAAGAAAUUGGGAUCUUAAAAGUCUGUGUGGGUAAGGUAAUGUUUAUGUACUUCUCAUAGUCAUUCCAUCCAACUGAUAGGGUGCUGCUAGAAAAGAAUCCCAAAUGAUUCUUUUCUAUUCGGUACAGUCAGAAUGGCUCUUAUGUAUAAUACACCCUUAAAUAUGUAUAUAAAGAGUCUGCCAAGACAGACUUUGAGAUGAUAAAGAAACUGCCUUUUUUAUAAAAAGAUGCUGCUCAGUUGUAGAAAUUGCCAGUUGGAGUGAGCAGAAUAUAAUGGGAAAGACCUCUGUUUGAAAUGCUAGACAGCCACUAUCAAUAGAAGUAAAGAUAUACUAAUAGAGUUGUUAUUCAUGUGUUCCUAGACACUGUAAUCAUUUGUACAGAGUUUGCAGGCCAUAAACUCAGGAGGCAGGGCUAUCUUUUCUUUACAAUCAGUUGUUCAAGUCAGCACUCCCUGAGAAACAAAACAGCCUGGGAUAGGCUUGAAGAGAAUAUUUGUCUUCUGCUUAUGUAUGAUCUUACAAACACACCAGUGAAAUCAAUGGGAUUUAGGACCAUCUAACGCCAAGUAGGAGUUGUGCCUGUGCUAACUUUGGAAACCACAUUUUUUCAAAAUAUAGAUACAUAGCCUUCUUAUAUGCAGAUUUUCUUUGUGGGUCUGUAGAUAGUUUGUAGAUUGUGCUUCUUCAUCAGUUUCCCUAUGUGGUCAGUGGUUCAUACAUGUUCUUAUCAUACAUCAAGGGAACCACUGACCGCAUAGGGAAAGUGAUGAAGAAACACAACCUACAAACUAUUUACAGACCCACUAAGAAAAUCCAACAAAUGUUACCUUCAGCAAAGAACAAGAGUCUACUGUAUACCAUACAGCUGUGGACAAAUCUUCAUAGAGACCACCAAACGCAGCAUUGCCCAGACACAAAUCGAGGAACAUGAAAGGCACUGCAGACUAAUUCAGCCAGAGAAGUCAGCCAUAGCAGAGCACUUGAUGAACCAACCUGGAUACAACAUAUUAUUUAAAAACACAGAAAUGCUGGACCAGUCUGAUAGCCAUCAUGUUAGAUUACACACGCAUGUGGACAAUUUGAACAGAAAUGAGGAAACCAUGAAACUGAACAAAAUCUGGCUACCAGUAUUAAAAACAACUUUAAAAUCAGGACAGUAAAUAAAGAACAACACUCUGAAAACUGAGGAAUUCCAAACAUGAAACAUUCAGGGCCAGCUAACACCUCCCAAAAAAGGAUUUCCCCAGGCAGUAAGCAGGCAGGCCUUGAUGCUGCAUGGCUUUUCAAUGCUAAUCAAGGUGAUUAACUGCAACAUUCAUGCUUGCUCAUAAUGACCAACUUUAAAUACUGGCAUAGUUUGGGGACAAUGACAGAUGAAUAUGGAAGUUGUAGUUCAUCUGCAUCCAGAGACCACAGUAAACCUCACAAACAGAGGCUCCUUCUACACUUCCAUAUAAAAUCCAAAUGAUCUGCUUUGAAUUGGCUUAUAUGGCAGUGUAGACUCAUAUAAUGCAAUUCAAAGCAGAUAAUGUGCAUUAUCUGCUUUGAUAAUCUGGAUUUUAUCUUUAUAUUUCUGUAUACUUCUGUGUACUAAACUAAGGGUUGUAAAACAUAGGGGUGUGUAUAUAUAUAUAUAUCUAUUUUGGUGAAUUAUGUACAGUUAUUAGUAUGUACUUAUGUUUAUAUUUAGAAAUACAAGUAGCACUGAAAUGCUUUGAAUUGGAGCAGGACCAAGCAAGUGCAACUAAGUUAAAAAGACAGCAGUAUAUCUGAAACAGCUUACCGGUGUCUAUUACGAGAAGAUUUAUUGACCACUGGCUAAAGAAGAAAACAAUCACACAUCAGGAGACUGUUAUAGACUACAUUUAAAGGAAUACAACCUGAUGAAGGAUCCCCCGAAAGAAGGAUUAUGUACCCAGGAUUACCUGGUGUUGUGUUGUAUAUAUAUCAGAUUUAUAUGGGUUAUGUUGUUUAAGUUCAAUAGAUGGAUGAGGUUGUCUAACACAUCCUAGAAUAUAUUUGGCAAUAAUAGAUAUACUUUAAGACAAAUACACACAUUUACGGUA